UUUGCAUCUGAACACGAGGUUGGAAGGACAGUCAAUUUUAGCUCUAAGACAUGCUAGAUCAGGUAGUGCUCAUUGCAGGAGUAACUGUGUUGGGUGUGUUAGAGCAAGCUUACUUCUCUCUACAGGUGAUAUACGCCAGACGCAAGUACUCUGUCUCCCCACCCAGCACCUCAGGACCCCCAGGGUUUGACAGGGUCUUCAGAGCUCAAGCCAACUGCUCUGAAUAUUUCCCGAUCUUCAUCACCAUCCUAUGGGUGUCUGGACUCUUCUUCAGCCAAGGUCUGUCAGCACUAUGUGGACUCCUAUACCUGUACGGGCGCUACCUGUACUUCAGGGGCUAUGCUAAAUCGGCACAUGGCCGACUAGCCCCUCUGUAUUUCAGUGCCAAGGUUCUGUGGGUUCUGAUUGGGUUCUCCACCCUGGGGAUUCUGGGUUCUGUGUGUCGGUUCUACCUGGAUCUGGACCUGACGCAGCUCGCCAGCUCUGUCCUCGGCCUGACUGAGGAGGGGGGGGAGCUAUAAGGGAUGAGCAGGAAGAGAAGAGAUUAAAGGAGAGAUUAUGGGAUACACUAACAAAAAUGUAGACAAGCUACCUUCGUUGCCAAAUCAAGACAACUAAAUGGGACUGGUUGAUUGAAGUAGGGAAAUAUGUGUUCCAACCAUGAGCUGCAGUUUUGAAAUAAUACAUGUGUCCGGUCUAGGCCUAUUGUAGGCUAUUUUACGAACUGCUUAUGUGCCAUUUGCGGGUAUCUAAUGUUUAAAAAAUGAAUAAGUUUAUCUUUCUAAUGCUGUUAACUGUAUGUCUCAACUCAUGUUAUUAAGUGGAUUACACCCUGUUAAAAUGGGAGUGAGCAGUAAUAUUGAUUAGAAAGAAGCACCUGUUUCGGUAGCGCGAGUCGCAGCUCAAAUUGCGCUUGCAGUCCUUCAUUUAGCAAAUCACCUUGCAACUCCGGUAGGCCUAAGUGUUUUUCAAUUUAGACAGAGAAUAUAGGCAUACACAUUUUAUUUAGUUGUCCAAUGUGCUAACUGACUGUAGUGUGCUAGCUAGCCAGUGUGUUUACAGUUUAAUUAAUUUGCCAUGAGAAAAAGGCUUGUGGAAAAAGCAACUCCCUUUCUAUAAUCAUUGCCAAAAAUAAAACAUAGUUUUCUUCACUUGUCGACUAUUAGGCUACUGUAGAAGGUUAAAAGUGUAUAAAUAAUCCACAUAAUUUGUGAAUUCCCCACUCUGUUCAAGCAAGGGAACUUCCUUACAAAAUUAGCAUGCAACUUGUUAAAAAUUUAAAAAAAGGGGUUAGACUGUUGUCAUAAGUGUGUUGAUGCAUCCAAACUAUG